UGCUAAUAUUAACAGUACUGAAUCGAAUGACAAUGGCAGCAUCACCAACGGUUGUCGGCUGUACAGGCGCUGGGGCCCGCAUGGGACGCAGAGCGGCGAGUGCUAUCAACAGUCGCCACGGGAAGGUCACAAAGCGACGGUGUGCGGUUGCCGUUCGGCAUCCCGCGGUGAAAGCCAUUUGCAUUUGCAUUCUGAUGGUGAUCCCGUCUGUCAUGAAUGUUACUGCCGGUGGUGAUAGACUCAACUAUACAUUCGCAGUCAGUGGGAACGUGGUGCUCAGGUUUUCAAGCCCAAGCGAUUCCUCGCGUGUCUGCUCGGAUAUCUCCAUGGUGACGUUGGCCGCCCGCGCUGACCUGAACUCGACCACCAUAGAGAUCAGCAUGAACGUCACUGGUGUGACGCAAACCACGCACCGGGUCGGUAUGGUCGUCUUCAACAACCAGACUGAUCCUUGCGAACGGAGUGCAGGCGGCUUCUCUGAGGAUACCUACCACGAGGAUGGCAAUGCGCACAACCUAUGCAAGGGAAACACCCCGGGCUGUUCUGUGGAAGUCAGUUUCAAUCGCAGCUGGGAUGUCCUGCUCGCCAGCUAUCUGUGUUUUCUUGUAAGUGCUGACAUAGAAGACAACCCUGACCCAACCCUCCACCACUGCAUUCAGUUCAAUAGCACGACCACUGUCAGCAGCUCCCUGGAAGUGUCACCCGGUGCAUCUGUGCAAACCCUGGCCGCCGCCGCCGCCACCGCAGGCACCCACGCAUCCAAUACCACGGCUACGGCUGCCAUGUUCACAUCAAACUCCGCUGCAUCUUCGAUACUGGUCUCCCCAGUGCUAUGCGUAUGCGGUGUUCUGUUGCAGCUACACGCACUGCUGUUAUGAACUGGUGGUUGUAUUACCUUGAUUACGGCAACGACACCUCUUGCCAAGUUGCCAGGGAGCGAGCGGAUCUCCAGUAUCCCCGAAUUGUCCAUAAAUCUGCAAAUGCACUGGUAUUGACCAGUGCCCAGUUGAGGGAGGUACCCGGAUAUGGGAGGUCCGGAUAAGAGAGGUUCUCCAGUCCCCCCCCCCCCAUGAGCCUUUACUACGGGCAACAUUCAACAAGUCCGAUGAUAGCUAUUUUGAAAUGGCUUUGAUCGCUUGUUCUACAGUGCAUUGGCUUGAUUGCCGACAUUGUACAUGGACUUGAAAAGACUUGCAAACUGGCUGAACGAUGCUCAACAGGGAGUCGUCAAAUAUGGUGUUUCGAUGACGACUCCCUAGUGCUCAAUGCGCAAGGCGCAGAGUUUUUAUUACAACAUUUAUCCACUUGGGUACUCUCUUUUCCAUAAUAAUAACAAUUACACGAGUCACAGAAAAACCAUGCGUCACGCGUGGUUUUUAUGUGACUCGUGUGUUACUGCUCUGCUUCCGCAUUGAGCACUCUAUCGAUCCGGAGGACUCCGCUCUUUGUAAUGAUAAUAAUUAUAUUAUAUGUAUUCGCUUGAUUAUACCAGAAGUGUCUGACCCUUCUCUAAGGGAAGCUAUUCUUACAGACCAGUCCCACCCUAAACCUGUUGCAUCUAGUGCUGCUUGUGCUGCUUCUCCGAUUCCUGAUGGUGUUGUUUUGCAAUCAUGUUCAAACAUAACUAUCAAUGUUUCUCCGAUCUCCAUAACGCCACGUAAGAGAAGUUUUCCUUGGUCUUUGCCGCGUAAGUAGAGUAAGAAAUUGCGAGCUUUUAGAGAAGCGGCCACUGACGACAAGGAGAACUAGAUUAUUUUAUUAAUUUUCAUGGUGUUGAGUUUCUUCCUUGCUUUUGAUUGACAUGGUUCUUUCCCUUGC